AAACUGUGGCCGAGAACAUUGAACUGAAGCGAAAUCAUCAAUAAAUGGUCGAGGACUCUAUGAGCGAAAGCAGAAUUAGGGUUUUGAGCAAUCACUUGAGCACCUCGUCGUCAUCACCAAUGGCAUCUUCCGAGAAGGAUGCUGCUCUCGCUGCCGUCCCUUCUGACUCUCCGACCAUAUUUGACAAAAUUAUCAAAAAAGAACUCCCAACGACUGUGGUUUAUGAAGACGAUAAGGCUCUUGCCUUUAGAGAUAUAAACCCCCAAGCUCCAACGCAUAUAUUGAUCAUUCCAAAAGUUAAAGAUGGAUUGACUGGACUUUCAAAGGCAGAGGAGAGACACAUCGAGAUACUCGGCUAUCUCCUAUAUAUAGCCAAAGUAGUGGCCAAGCAGGAAGGCCUUGUUGAUGGUUUUAGGACUGUUAUCAACGACGGACCUAAUGGAUGUCAAUCAGUUUACCAUCUUCAUAUUCAUCUUCUUGGUGGAAGACAGAUGGAGUGGCCUCCGGGCUGAUCGAGCCAACCCUGCUGCUGCCUGCUUUCUUAGUCAGUCAGGAAUAAGUUUCAUGUGGCGAUUCAUCUGCAAACUAUCUAUGGUAACAGAAAACCAAAUAUCUCUCUGUGUCAUGAACUGCUGGAACAGGCUACUUGUUCUCAUGUUAUAAUGAAUUUUACUGUCUUCUUCUCAAUGAAACUGCAGUUUGACAAUUUUUUUUUAAUUU